AGGAAGUAAGACUUUUCCUUCUCAACUCUCUGAUGUUGCAGUACCGAUCGUUGUUGUGGAUUUAGAAAAUCAAUACCGAAGUGGUGCAACCAUGCCCGUGCAGCCUGCUCUGAGGGAGCCGCAGGAGGACAUGGAGGCUGAGGCCGAAGGUGACUUGGAGGCACCAGAGGCCAACGGAGAUAUAGAGGAGGAGAGAGAGAGGGAAGGAGGAGAAGAAAUGAUGGAAGAGAGCGGGGAGGAGCAUGAGAGUGAGAGGGGGAGUGACCUGGAAGAGAGUGAAGCGGAGGAGGAGGAGGAGGAAGAGGAGGAGGAGAGUUCUGAGAUGGACGAUGAGGACUGCGAAAGGAGAAGGCUGGAGUGUCUGGAUGAGAUGUCAGACCUCGAGAAGCAGUUCCUGGAGCUGAAAGACAAGCUGUUUCGGGAGCGGCUAAACCAGGUGAAGGUGAAACUGGACGAGGUGAUGGCGGGCCGGGCGGGGGAGUACCGUGAGCCACUUUCAGUCUUGCAGCAGAACAUGCAGCUACGCACUGAAGUCGCCGGGAUCUACAGAGAGCUGUGUUUGCAGGUGAUAAGGCAUAAGUAUGACUGUGAGAUCCAGGGAGCUCGCCAACAUCUGGAGAGUGAGAGGUCAUUGCUGUUUGAUGCCAUGAAGAUGGAGCUGCUGGAUAAGAUCCACAGACUGCAGGAGGACAGACAGAGUGUAGACAUUAGCUCUGAGUGGUGGAGUGAUGAUGUUAGAGGGAAGAAGUCUAAAAGCAGCCACCCCUCCAGGCCUGAGAGGAGGAGGAGAGCAGCCCUGGUGUCUGGUCCCUACAUAGUCUACAUGCUCAGAGACAUCGACAUUCUGGAGGACUGGACAGCCAUUAAGAAGGCUAAAGCUGCAGUUGUGCCCUUGAAGAAGAAGUCAGACAACAGACAGCAGUACAGUGCUCGGUGUGAGGGGGGGACGCUCUUCUAUGAGGGAGAGAGAUUCUGCAAAGGCAACACCAUCCUGCUGGAGAUCAAAAACGACACAUCCUCACAGGCGGUGAUUACAGCAGUCAGCACAGGAGAGGUGUGGCUUCGGCGGACAGAUGGAAGCAAAACCAAAAUUUACGUCUCACAACUGCAGAAAGGCAAAUACACCAUCCGCAGAGUGUGAGAGGAAGGACCAGUGAACGCGCCACCAAAGUGACUCACUCAGACCCGAAUCUGACCCAUUCAUACCCAGUCACACACCCACAAAAGCGAGUCACUCAAAUCUGGUUCAUGCGCUUUUAAAUGACUCACUCAAAUCUGAUUCACAUGCAUAGGUGUCAUUUACGCUGGGGAUGCUAGAGACAUGUCCCCACCACUUUUUGUCAUGGCCCAUUUCGUCCCCACCACUUUAAAAAGGUGUGAACAUGUCGAACUCGUUGUUGUCCCCAGCACUUUUCAAGACAACCUAAUGCCCAUGUUCACAUGCACUUCAGACAACUCACUUAGAGCCUGUUCACACCCGUCAAAUUAACUCACCCAGAUCUGAUUCACAGUCACUAAAAUGGCUCAGUUAAAACCCACUCAUACCCACUAAAAAAGCUCAGCUCAUUUAGAUCCAAUUCAUACCCUCUGUAAGAGAUUUGCCGAAAACCUAGUCAUAUGGCCACCAAAACACCUCACUCAAAUCCCAGUCAUACUGACAGGGAGAACUCAUUAAAAUCCUAUCCAUGCACAUUCCAAUGACUCAAACCCACCAAAACAAAUCACUCACAUCCGAUUCAUACCCACCAAAACAACAGACUCAUUACCCAGUCCUUUCCAUACUUCCCCUUCAUUUUCCACCAGUACCACGUUCACAUAUAACAGUAAAUCUGCCUCUGAUAAAGGACUGUUAUUGUUAUAUAAUUAUUUAUAUUGUUUGUAAAACUUUAGACUGGCAAGGCUUGGUGCUCUGUUACAGACUAUUUAAGAUGAGUAUAUAACAAUGUAUUUAUAAUUGCAAAAAUGUUAUUGACAAAACUAAAUCUUUUAUUGAAAUAAUACAGAGUUGCUCUGAUUAUAAACUUGUAAUGUGUAAACCGUUGUGUAGAGUGGUAAUGAGUGGAUGUGUGCAGUCAUAUGGGCUGCUGUAGCACUGCUACGUGGCCAGAUGGUGGGGCUGUGUCUUCAGAAAUAAAUUGGAGGAUUAUUGGAAUACAGAGAAGCAUUCUAUGCCAGGCAGACAGCAGUCACAGACCAGUGAAGUGAAGCAUACUUCCACAGAGCAGUUAGAUAAUACUUUAUCAUCGGCCCAGGUUCCAUAUGAAGUUUUUGACCUGUGGUAAAACAGGUUUACAUUAGUUUUACAUGGAAAGGUAACAUGCUUCAUAUCUUUAUGAAUAUUACUCCGGAUCCGGUUUUGGCUAGUGCAAAGAGCACUGUGAGGUCUCCCACCUUAGAUUUUUCAAGUCUGUUAAUUUUAUAUUUUUAUCAGCACAAAUCCAUUUUCAUGUAUACUUAGUGUCAGAGUUAGUGUUAUUGUGGUCCCAGGUGUACUGCAGUUGUACUUGGGUGUAAG